UAUCAGUUAGUCUGCCUCCCGCUGACAGUCAGUUGACACUGCAACGCACUUCAACACUCGAAUGCACAAGGAGUGUCUUUAAGUUGGCUUUGCGACCACUCUUACAAUCCACGAGUAAAAACCAUACAACUCUGCACUUGUUUCGCCUCUUGAUGGAUACAGUACAGAAGUCGUUAUCUGGAUUCUCUCUGGACCUGAGUCCAUUGAAAGAGCCUCUUGGAUUUAUUCGAGUCUUAGAAUGGGUGUUUACCAUCUUUGCCUUUGCAACCACUGGAGGGUACUCUGGGACAACCUCUUUCAAAGUCACCUGUGCAGGAAUCAAGGACGAAGAUGUUAAGGCUAAUUUUCAAUAUCCAUUCAGGUUGUCAGCAUACUCAUACAACAUACCAACAUGUAACGGAAGCGAGACCAAAGAGAAUUUCCUGCAGGGUGACUUCUCCUCCUCUGCCGAGUUCUUUGUGUGUGUCGGCGUAUUUGGUUUUCUUUACUGCACUGCCACACUGGUCCUUUACCUGGGCUUCCAGCAAGUCUACCGUCAGACCAGUCGUGGUCCCAUCGUUGACCUUGUGAUGACCGCUGCCUUUGCCUUCCUGUGGCUUGUGUCCUCCUCAGCUUGGGGCAAAGGCCUGACUGAUGUCAAAUGGGCCACUAACCCUGACCACCUUGUGGAGCCAUGCAAGGAAAUCUGUCAAACAUUAGACUAUCCUCCCAUGGGCCGCCUCAAUGCCUCCGUGAUAUUUGGCUUUUUGAACUUGAUCCUGUGGGCAGGUAACUGCUGGUUCAUAUACAAAGAAACCCCUUUCCACAAGGAUCCCAACCCACCUGCAACCAUGGAAGAAGGAGGAGCUCCUGGUCCACAACACUGAGGAGCCUCAACCAAACAGCCUUCACCCACAUCAAGAAAGCUUUGAACCCAACAUUGGUCUCCUAAUGUUAGCAUGCAAACGUGGAAAGGCAAUUGUCAUAAGUAUCUCCCUUAAAGUUCCCCAUGUCCUAUGAAAACACUAAGUGUAAACACAAACAAAAAAUGUAAAACUACAGAAAAAAAGCUUCUUUGAAUGUCAACUAAUGUGUAUGUAAGUGAUCAGAACAGCAGACGUGCAAUGCAGUUGCCUUCACAUCGGCACACUGUCCUCCAGUGACGUUUGCCCUUCUGAGCGUCAGAACUGUGAGGUAACAAACCUUAUCAGACCUGAUAUUGAUACCCAUCCCCAGUGAUCUGAUCAUUCAGAUCUCAGCAAAGUUUAGGUAUAAACACUCCCAACCCUUUCCGAGUGCAUCCUCAGAUCUGAUUCUGAGAUAGCUAGAGGAAACAUCCACAUUUGUGAGCGGGAAUGAAUGCAGUCCAUCCUCAGGACGCAUUAGAAACCACCUCAAUUACAUUUUUCUUUUUACACUAUUAGUGCUCAUACAUUUGCAGCCACUGCCACAAUAUUAACACAGAUUUCCAUGUCUUACAUCAGACAUAUUUGUUCAGGCAGACUUGUCAAAAAUCAUCGUUGCGUCCUUGCAAACUGAUAUGACAGUUUGUAUUUGAAUACAGGGCGGGGCAGGAAGCCAGGAGACACAUCUUAAUGUCAAAGUGUGAUCAGUCCUACUUAAGGCUGUCUACAUGGGAUCAGAUCACUGUGGACAAAUGUUAACACCAGGUCUGAAGGGGGCCCACUUGUCCUCUUCUGGGGGAAAAAAGGCAAAGCUCUGACAGAAAAUGAAAUCAAAUAACAGCCAGUCAAAGCCGAAUGUAAAAACAUGUUGUGUGCUUGUAUUUCUCCAGUUGUAGUAACAGCUGACACCACAGACUGAGGCAUUAAAUCACCCAACCAUCACAUUUGCAGCCAAACUGUUCCUCGCCACAGUCUUCAGAGAAACACUACAUAACCACAGAACUGUGCCUUGUCCAUACAGAGAAAAUCAGAUUACACACUGUAAGUUAAAAGAAAAAAAAAAUCACACUACAACCUACUGUACUUCAAGUGAGGAAACUGAUUCUUUUUUUUUAAAUGAUAUUUAGAACUGUCAAAAACAAGGAAAACCAUAUGUUUACUCCAGUAGCUAGUGCACAAUACCUCACAUUGAAAGUGAUUGAGGUUAAUCCUUGUGUAGUUCCUGUUUGUUCGAAACAUUACACUAAGACUACUCACUAACACUAAGGCUUUCCCUCUUUUGAAUGAGGAGACUUUAUUUACAUUGUUAUACAGGUUAUGUGUCUUUUUAUCAUCAUUAAUUGGUCUGUUGCAGUUUUUUUUUAAGCCAAUGUUGGGUCUGUGUUCGUAUUUACCGAUGGGAAAUGGUCAGUGUGUAGCUUCUUUCUCUGUCUUAGUUUUUGAUAAUGUCACACGUGUUGUUCCACUGCGGAGCUUCAGCUUUAAUCUCGUAAUGAUAAAUGGUUCUAAAGGUCUGAAUGUGAGCACACGGUUGUCGGCAGAUUGACGUAAAAACCUGCUGUAUUUCUUCAUGACCCCUGCCCAUCCUGUUGCUCUGCUAUAACUUCACAGCAAUGCCACACAUAUGGGUUUGCAUUGAACUCAUAGCCAUUCUACAGAGGAGUGUUGGAGUCACAUAUAAGGAAAAAAUGAAAGGAGGAGUAUGUUUUCAUUUUGCAUUUUGAAAAUAAAAUGAAAAUAUCAACGUUAGGGGUGACUGACAGCUAUGAGAGCAAGUGUUGACAAGCUUACUUGUUUGGUGUAGCUAUCAUUAUGCUUGCAUUUAUCUGAGCAGCUAGUAUUUCAGGUUGUACACAUAUGCGUUGUCUGUGCAUUCUCUUCAGAGUCGUAAUAUGGAUUCCCACUGUGUUUAUAUGCUAAAAGUGAGUUUCCUCCUUACUAAAACUGAUCCUGAUGAUUUUGAAAUGUCAGUUAUGUUCUCAGCAGUUUGCUUUUAAAAAGAAACAUAGUUCUCUCAUAUAACCAGAGUUCCUUCUCAACAUUUCAACGUUUGUUCUUUUCAUGUUCUGGUCCCCAACACUCUUACUCUGAUGAUAAUUCUGUAGUUAGCACAUUGCACUUGGAGGGAUCUAAUUGUCCUCAUGAAGGAUAUGUGCAUUAGUAGGUUGCUUAAACAAUCUGUACAGCUGUUUUAUUUCAUUGCCCAGAAUAUGUAUGAGGGACUGUCUGAGUGAUAAGUCAAAUAUGUCCCACAUCAUAUAGAAAUUAGACAUGAAUAGUGUGUAAUAAAUUGCUUUAUCAGUUUAAAAAAAAAUCUGAGUUUACAUAGAGCAUUGUGACAUAUUGAUGCUUGUGUAAGGGUCUAUUGGUGUUGUACUUAAUUUAUGUUUGUGCAUAAAAACAAUGGUUUAUCUGUAUCAACAUGUAAAACACCAGAGCUUCAACUGCUGAAUACAGUCUCCUUUUUAAUUACA